AGAAAAUCAAAACAAAGCAACACUGCUGUCAACUUGUAAAAUUUGAUUGUGUACUGAGAAAAUAGUUAUAGCAAAGUAAAUAAUUUACUUUUUUUUCAUUAUUAUUAGAACCGCUGCAUACAGCAAAAAAGUAUAAAGAAAUGUCGGUGCGUCAUGAUUGGUAUCAGUCUGAGACAAAAGUGGUUGUAACCGUAAUGUUAAAGGAUGCCGUUAGCAAGAAUUACAAAGUGGAUAUCCAGCCAGAACGAUUGGUUAUGACCGCCGAUGGCUACGAACUUGAUGUGCAGCUUUACCGCUCAGUGGACGUGGAGAAAUCAACACAUAAAGCAUAUUCAACAAAAGUUGAAAUAACAUUAUUCAAACAAGUUGGUGAAAGAUGGGAGAGCUUAGAGAAAAAAGAACUACCUCCGCCAACUGCUGUACCGCCACCACUUCACAAAAAAGACUGGGAUAGCUUGGCUAAAGAAGUGGAAAAGUCUGAGGAGGAAGACACAAAGAGCGAAGAGGCUUUACAACGUCUCUUUAGAAAAAUAUACUCCACGUCAUCACCAGAGGUGCAAAAAGCAAUGAAUAAAUCAUUUUCCGAGUCCGGUGGCACAGUACUAAGCACCAAUUGGAAUGAAGUGGGCAAGGAUAAAGUUGAUGUUAAACCACCAGAAGGUGCCGAGUUUAGGAAGUGGGACUAGUUGUCUGGCAAUGGAAAUCGCAGGCGAUUGUCUAGCAUCACAAGGAAAAGUUGAGAAUUACGAAUACGACAUCUAGUUUGUCAACAUUUACGUAUGCCUUCCCUUCAUUAUUUUCAUAAUAUAUAUCUAUAUAUAAAUGUAUCGAAAUUCAUUAAAUAAAAAAUAUUUUAUAAAUAAUAUCUACUAA